UGCUGGGAAAACAGACCUAUGUCAGAGGUGUACAGAAAUGAACUUUACCCACUAAUUACGGACUGUUAGAAGAAACAAAAUGGAUUGAGACUACGCCUUAUUUUGCUAAUCUUGCGAAAAUGUCAUCAUUAUUAAACUAUCUAAAAAGCUAAGUAAAGGUUUAUGUGUCCUCUAGGGGGCACUAGAGGAUCAUGGAGCCCGACGUCAUCCGCAUGUACUCCUCCUCUCCGCCUCCAAUGGAUGAGGAUGGAGAGGAGGAAGACGAAGACGACUUUGGUGAGUUUGGAGGUUACUGCUGCGAUGUGUCAUCCAGUUUCAGCUUCUCAGAAUGGGACACACCCACUGUGCUUGAUCAGUCGUGUGAGAAGGGUACCUCACCUCCUGACCUAUACAACACACUCCAACAGAGUGUUGGUCAGCCAGGAAAAGAUGUGGUAGUUGAAGUUGAAAAGAAAAAAACAAAGGACCAGGAACUGUCUAAUCCUGAGGCACUGGUGUCCAAAACUGAUAUAACCUUGGACUAUGGAAAAAAAAUAAAGAAACCUGCUGUUAUCCUCAAUGGCCCUUUAUUCUCCGACCCACAGGGCAAACUCCCUGUGGUCUCUGUUACAGGGAAGCAUAGCUCCCCCGAGAUUCAAGAUUUUAACCUGGGUGACAAAGAUGAGCACAUUAACAAACCAACCACAGAUCAAGUGGGACACUGCCUUACUAAUGGACCAAUCACACUUUGCAAUGGUAAAGAGCUGGAGCAGCUUCGAAUAUCAAGCACCAACAGAACAGUAUCUUUACUCGGGUCUACCGCAGAGGUUUCCAUCUCAGAGACUGACAAAGCUUCCACAGCAGUUGCUUCUAUUGGUUCUCAACUGUCACAGGAGGAUACAGUCUCUGAGAGAACAGUGUCUGAGGCUAGGGACACUCAGGCAGGAGAAGGGGUAACUGAAUCCCAGUCUAAUUUGGCAGUUGAGCACCAGGGAAAGGAAAUUAUGGAGAAAGAGGAACUUAAUGUCCCACAAAGAUCAAAAACUUCUGGCACUUCCUUGUGUGAAACACAGAUUCAGAGUGAUUCUGAAGAUCUUGGUGAGGUCCCUGAUACAUCAGUGGCACCAGUAGUGGAGAAUAUUCUAGUGUCUGAUGCACAGUUUCAUAAAAACACUGAUAAUGAGACUCCAGUGAGCCCUGUGGUUAAUGGACCCCUUGUGGUUCCUGGAAAAAUGGAAGAAGAUUUUGAGAAAGUCUCUUUGCCUGUUGUUGACCCAACAGUAGGGAUUGUGCAUGAUGUAGAGGCAGAUCCAGUUAGUAAGGAAGAUAAGACAGUUGAAGUUGGGUCUUCGGUGGAGUCAGAUGAAGACUUUGGAGAUUUCAGGGAUGCCACUCAGGGUUUUCCAGAUGUCAGCCAGACUGAAUCCGUGAGUCAAGAAGGAUUCGCUGACUUUGUAACUGCACUAUCAGAUUGCUCCUCGCACGAUGAGUUUGCAGAUACAGACACACUGAAGGACUUAAAAGAGGAAGAAGAGCUGCCUGCAGAAGAUAAAGAUGAUGUGGAUGAUGAUAAUGAUGAUGAUCAUGACAGUAAUAAUUUUGAAACAAUUUGCUCAAACCUCCCUCCAAGCGAUAGCUUUGCAGAUUUCAGUUCAGCUCCGUUUGGAGGCCUAGCAGGAGCUACAGGUGAAAGUUGGGCGGAGUUUGGGCAGCAUGAGGAGUGCGAGGCACAACAGGAGUCAUGGGCAGCGUUUGAUGAGGAGCAGAAAAGUUGUUCUGCAACAGCGCCCUUUACUGACAGCUUCAAGACUGACAAUGUGUUGUUGGGGUUGAGUCACAAACUGCAGCAUCUUUUUGAAAGUACUUUCCCUUUGGACGUGGUUCCAAAGGACUCAGAUGUGCCGACCCUCCAAGCUGUGCUGGAGCCCCAGGACCAUGUGGAGAUCAGGGAGUCUGUAGCUAUGUGGCGCCACCUGUUGGACAUCCACAGCACCCACGGCCUCAAGGUGCAAUGGGUUGGCUCACGAGGCAACAAAAUUCUGCUUGACUGCCUGGGAAUCUACAACAUUUUGUUUACUGGUCAGAACAAGCAACCCGUCAUCGUACCCAUGUUCGCUGCUGGACUGGGAAUGCUUGAGCCCACCAAAGACCUUGUGAAUCCUUCCUCCAUCUUUUCUGCAUCUUCACCCAAUCAGAGAAGAUCUGCUCUAUGCACUCAGCAGGUGGUGUCCUCGCUAAGUCUUGAAGACGACGUAGGUGUGGAUCCAGAGCUGUAUGAACUGACCACUGCUAAACUAGAGAGCAAUAACACUGGCAGUAAUGUGACGGACGCCUUCACCAGACUGAUGGAGACGGUGGAAAAGAAUAGCACUGUAACCAGAAAACCGGAGCAAGAUGGUGAGAUAAGCCAGGAGGCAUCCCAGGUGAUCUCUCGUCUCCCCGAUCUGUCUUUCAUGCACGCAAGAGUCCUCAUGUUUCCCUCCACCCUCACUCCAGCAGCCGGUCACUCAUGACCUUCGACCUCAGUCACGUUUUACCUUGAGGCUUUGGUCCUCCAGUGACCUCUCCUCUGACCUCACCUGAACCUUUAUAGCAGGUUCAUUUAUAACAACAACAGAAAGCACUGUCACUUUCUGAGGCGUUUUUAAUCCUGGUGUAGUGAGUGUUCUUUGGUGUUAAUCCUUUUUCUUAUGUUUUGUUAAAUAUUAAGCACUAGUCCUUUUAGGUUUAGGUGUGAAAGAAAUAAGAAAAGCAAGUGCACAUUUUAUUACUUGAAAACUUAAUAACUUCAUAACGAAUAUUGCUGAACUUUUAUGUCCUUCUUGAGAUUUGCUUUAAUAUUUCAUUUAACAAACUUCUCAUUGUCUCAUUUUAUUCCUGACAAGUAUUAGACAUUUUCUUUUUGUUUGUUUGUUUGUUUGUUUGUUUGAAAUGCAUUUCUUUGAGCUCAACGAUGAACAUUUGUUCAGGAAUGUUACUAAAGAUGAGUUCUUAUUUAUAACCAUAACUAUAAGUUGUGUAUUUAUUAUAUAAUCUACAUCAUAUAUCAGUUUGUAUUUAUUUUUGUCAGAUCCCUGAUUAGCAUGUGAGGUUAGAAUUUUGCACGAGACCUGAAUAACUGACUGACAUGUAAGAAUGUUUCUAUAAAAAUAAUUACAUUAAUAAAUAAAUACAUACAACAUAAUGUUCAUGAACU